UACAGGAAAAAUAAAAAGUGGAAGCGAUUUUUGCAAGCGACGAUACCGUCGAUACAACAAUCAAGAGUCGAAUUUCUAGCAUCAAGUUAAAAGUACUAUUAUUCCUCUUCAAGUUAAAAAGGGUGCCGAUUCCUGAAUUUACCUUAGAAAGUAAAACCUGUCAUCAAUCAUCAUGUCUCUCUAUCCGUCACCUUGGAAGAUAUGAAAGUUGACCAAAUGGCUCAGGCCCAGGUCAACUUCAAUCAACAGGCACAGGCCGCGGCCCAAGCCAUCGCCAGUGCCCCUGCCGGGUCUACUGUUGUCAUGACAACAAGCUCACUCUAUCCCUCCCUGGAGGAAUGGAUGGGUUUUCCUCCCGCUGAGAUGCAGGCCUAUGCUCAGCAGUCAUCGCAGCAAGCAGUAGUGCCAAGGCCAGCAGGUACAGUUGCUGCCCCUUCACAGAACAACGUGGUUGCCCCGGUAACGGGCAAUCAAAACCUUGGUGUUGCUAGGUCAGAGAUCAAGCAAGGAAUUCGAGAGGUGGUCGUCUGUAAAGAUGGUAGCAAUAAGAUUGGUCUCAGAGUCAGGGAUGUUAGUAAGGGUAUUUUCAUCACAUUCGUCAUGAAGGGAUCACCCGCAGCUAUGGGUGGUUUGAGGUUUGGCGAUCAAAUCCUCCAGAUAAACGGCGAAAACGUUGCUGGUUACAGCAAAGACAAGGCUAUGGGAGUCCUGAAAAAGGCCAACCCAAGCAGCAUUAAGCUCGCCAUCAGAGACAGGCCGUUUGAGAGAACGAUCACGCUACAAAAGGACAGUGCUGGAUAUGUUGGCUUCGUCUUCAAGAAUGGAAAGAUCACCAAGAUAGCUAAGGACACCUCCGCAGCAAGGAAUGGUCUCUUGAUUGAUCAUGCUAUUCUAGAGAUCAAUGGGCAGAACGUCAUUGGACUCAAGGACAAGGAGAUAUCUCAGAUCUUAGAUGGAUGUGGACGGACUAUCACUCUCACUAUCAUGCCUAAUUGUUUCUUUGAUCAUAUGAUGAAAAGCAUGGCAUCAUCGCUGGUGAAGAGCUCCAUGGAUCAUUCCAUCCCAGAGAUUUAGACCGAAUCAUGCUACAUGUACGAGACAGACUUCAUUCAUAACAAUAGGAUUGAUGGGCAAUUCAGUAAAAAAUAAUCAACCGUAUGCAUCUGACCCCAUCGUCCUCCGUCUUUCUUCGCUCUGUGACCUUCUCAAAGCCACGAUAAUAUGAAAACAUUACAGCCCAAGGAGUGGAAUGUUUCGGGUAUUCCAGGGAGAAACGCUGUACAAUAAACGUUAUUGUUUCCUUUGAUGAUCAUCAAUUAGACCAUGCAAGGCGACUCAACAUCGCAUAGAAAGUUGUGUACGUAAGCCAAUUAGGAGUUAGGAGUUUGGCCCGUCAUUAAAUACCUUCUAAUAUUGCACAGGUAGACAUGCAGACUGGAAUAAGCAUUUUCAAUAGACUGUUAAAACACCUAAUGAGAUAGGCUUUAUCUGCUUUCUGUACAUUGUGUCUUCAUACUGAUUUAUGAAGUGAGAAAUUAUUAUUAAAGAUUUUUUUAUUUGGGCACACCUAAUGGGGAGAAUACAUCAAUUACAUGAAGAAUCGGAUCAAUUUCCAGACAAACUCAAAGACAAAUAUAUUAUAAUAAGGGAUUGAAUGCUAUUCAGAGGAUUGAUUUUGAGCCAAUAUUAAAAUAGUGCAAUUAAUUUCAUACAGGCAUGAAUCAAAUGGCUUUCCUGAGAGAGAGAUUAUGUAUGUAUAAGACAAAAUAUGUCACACUAAAUAUCAUAGGCCAGGGCUGUUAUAAAUUUGAUAAUCUUAGAAAUAUUUUGAUAUAAUUGUAUGUACCAUGUUAAACGUUACAACCAUAUUGUGCACCAAAAUUAUGUGAGCUGCAUGUGUAUAUGAGGAGGCCUACAUUAAAUUGCUCAAUCAAAUUUUAUGUAGAUUAUAUUGGUUGCAAUAAAGCAAUGAUUUAUAUUUUCUAUUUGACAAAUUGGAACAUAAUAUAUAUUGUUUUUUUUUUAUAAUGCAGUCAACCCACCUUAUGAAAACAGCUUUCAAUAAACACCACAAGUCUCUUUUCCUUUAGGCAGUCUGUGGUUUCACUGUACUUGAAAAUUGAUUAAUUUCCAAUCAUAGGUCUUAUAUUCAGUCCACUUGCGCUUUAAUAAUCGUCAUGUGACUUUUCAAGUAGUUGAUCAGUGAUGUGUGUAUAUUACUCCAACUAUCAUGUGCCUCAAAGAAUGGAAUGCCAGCUGGACCCUGUUUCAUAAAACUUGUUAUAAUAACAAAUUUGCAAUAACAGUUGAAAAGCUACUGAAGUCCUUCAAUCUGAUUCGCCGAUAGUUUAUAGAAACUGUUCAUUUGUUAGUAUAACAAUUUUUUAUGAAACGGGACCUUGGAACUACAUGUUCAAUAGUUUAGAGCAAAUAUAUAUAUACAUGUAUAUACAGUAUAUCAUAUAUACAAGCAAUUAUUUGAUCGAUUGCUAUAAUGGAUUGUACAUUACCGUAAGGAUAUAUUUAUCCUAAUAUUGUGAUUGACAACUGAAUUAUAAUGAAGACAUUAUGAUAUGAGCUGUGAUGAUGAUGUAUUUGACUUUGAUUUAUAUUAAUAUUCUGUAAAUACCCAUGUGAUCAGAAUUCCCAUUUGUAUACAAGGGCCCCAUGCUAGUAUUUGAUUGCGUUAGUGUUUUCUCUAAGUUCAUGACCCAAUAUUGAAUAAUUUUUAGGAAAGAUAGAUACAUUCCUGAGGAAAGCAUCAAACCAAUAGCAUUGUUGUAACUUCACAGCUGACUGUGUUUCCUCAUGCUAUGUUGC